AUGGGCGCCCGCAAUCUCGUUCCCCUCGUCCUGCUCCUCGUCUUUGUUGGCAUUCUUGCGGCGGUCGGGUUCGUCGUCUAUAGCAUCAUGCAGGAUGUGAGCAAGAACACGCGUGAGAAGAUGGAGCGCAAAAAUAUCGCCUUCACCAAGGACGGCAUGAAGGUGCAGGUUAAGGAGGUGAAAGAUGAGGCCUACAAGGACAGGACUCAGAGUGUCCUGGUCAACAUGUGGAACCACACCUCCUUUCCCGCCUACAAGAGCCGUCUGUGGGACAUGACUGGCUCGUCCUCCUCGGACCAGAAGACUGGCGCCCAGAAGCGCAAGUAG